GUGCGCCUGCGUGGAGGCCGGCUGCUGGAUCCCGCUCAGGCCGCGGCUAGAAUAACCAAGCAAAAGCAGGAUGAACUUCCUUUAUGGACUUCAGGCUGCCACGAGAAACCGUUUUCUCUCUGGAGUGACUUUCCUGGCCAACUGGAAACAGUGGAACCCACCAGCAGGCUGUUCACACCCACGAGGGCCCCUAAUCAUACAUGCGAGCAGAGGACUUAACACAGUCUGUCAGUGUCAUUCGGUGACUUUACUGCCUGGAAACUUCCAUUUCUAUAGGACUCUCAGUAACCAAAAAUCAAGAUGCUUUUCAAAUGCUCAAAGCCAGGAAAUAGGGGUGCUUACCUACAAAUGGACUGUGUGGGGUGAUUCUUUUCCAGGACAAGGAUCGAGGAAACUGGUUGGUGGUCCUUCUCUCACAGCCCCGUGCCCUCUGAGAGGCCCGGCCGGAAGAGCUGCCCAGAGUUUCCACACGUCCCCACGGGUUCUGGCUGCUCCAGUUCCUUUCUUGCUGCUCAUUCUGAAACCAGUGCAGAAGCUCCUUGCCAUCAUUGUGGGCAGGGGCAUACGAAAGUGGUGGCAAGCACUUCCUCCUAACAAGAAGGAGCUAUUUAAAGACAGUGUGAAGAAGAAUAAGUGGAAGCUGCUCCUCGGUCUGAGUGCCUCUGGCCUGCUGUUUGUAGUGUUUUAUUUCACUCACCUGGAAGUGAGCCCUGUCACUGGAAGGAGCAAACUGCUGUUACUGGGGAAGGAGCACUUCAGACUUCUGUCAGACCUGGAAUACAAAGUGUGGAUGGAAGAAUUUAAAAAUGAUAUGCUGCCUGAGAGAGACCCCCGACACCUGACUGUUAAAGAGGUGGUACAUCAUCUAACGCAAUGCAAUCAAGAUGUCCCAGGGAUCCCCGAGAUCAACUGGGUGAUUCAUGUGGUUGAUUCCCCAGAUGUAAAUGCCUUUGUUCUUCCGAAUGGACAAGUGUUUGUUUUCACUGGGCUUUUGAAUAGUGUAAGUGAUACUCACCAGCUCUCCUUCCUUCUGGGCCAUGAGAUUGCACAUGCGGUCCUGGGGCACGCCGCAGAAAAGGCUAGCUUGGUUCACCUACUGGAUUUCCUUGGUAUGAUUUUUCUCACAAUGAUUUGGGCUGUGUGUCCACGAGACAGCUUGGCACUUCUGGGACAGUGGAUACAAUCGAAGUUGCAGGAGUAUAUGUUUGACAGACCGUACAGUAGAACACUGGAGGCCGAAGCUGACAAAAUUGGACUACAGCUUGCUGCAAAGGCCUGUGUGGACGUAAGAGCCAGUUCAGUAUUUUGGCAGCAGAUGGAGUUUUCAGAGAGUCUUCAUGGCCACCCCAAGUUACCAGAGUGGCUGUCGACACACCCUUCUCAUGGAAACCGAGCUGAGCACUUGGACAGACUCAUACCACAGGCUCUCAAACUUCGGGAGGUCUGUAAUUGCCCACCACUCUCUGGACCAGACCCUCGGCUGCUGUUCAAGCUUACCGUGAAGCGUUUUCUUGAAGACUCAGAGAAAGAGGACCUAAACACCACUGUUAAGAAACAGAAAAUGGAUGCUUUCCCCAUUCAGAAACAGGAACAGAUACCACUGACAUACAUAGUUGAGAAAAGAACUACAGGUUGAACUGAAAUGUGUGAGACUUGGGGUAUGAAGAAUAUAGUGAUCUUCAUCAUUUUUAUGUGACUCCUAAAAAUGAUGUUUUAAAUGAAAAAAAAACAGGAUAUUCAAGGUCAAGUCAUGUCUAUUACAGAUACCUGAAUUUUUCUAGAUUUGUAUCUUUCAUAAAAUAUUAUUAUAUUUUAAUCUAUUUUGAAAUACUUCUAAUGAGGAAAACAUCACAGAAUAAAUUUAUAUUAUCAUCCAUACCUGCUUUAGAUUUGGAAGUCAGGCCCCUAGUGGAUGCAUCCUCUGAGGGUAGUAAUUAUUAUAAAGAACUUCCUGCCUACAGUGGG